AUGGGCAAAAAUAAAUCAAUUAUAAGUUUCUAUGGGUUGGAAAGACUGCAUCAUUUUGACGCACAAAAGUGGACUAAAAUAUACCACUAUUUGAGCACACAUUUUGAGGAAAACGGCACACCUUUUACGACAGUAUCGCCGCUCCGGGAGAUAAAUACCAAUGAACUCGAGUUAAUACAUGACAAACAAUUGAUCCAGGACAUUCACUAUAACUCGGGGACUAUAGCCGAUGCACUGGAAAUAUACAUGAUCAGGGUCGUGCCAAGUUUUAUAUUAAGGUCGGCCCUAAUCACGCCAUUCAAAUGGCAGACAUCGGGGAGUGUUUUGUCGGCAUAUAUGGCGCUGACGUACGAGUGGGCCGUAAACCUCGGCGGAGGUCUCCAUCACUCGUCCCGUCAGAGCGCUCAGGGAUUCUGUGUUUUCGCCGACAUAUCGCUUAUUAUGCAGUAUUUGUGGCGACAUUUGGACGAUAGCCUCAAGUUUAUGAUCAUUGACCUGGAUGCUCAUCAAGGCAACGGCUAUGAAACAGAUUUAUUUCUAUUCCCGCAAAGACUGAGAGAAAAAGUAUACGUUUUAGACGUACCGUAUUCCCGCACAUCCACCGGCAUGCAGCUAUAA